UCAAAUUCAAGAUGGAUGGAAUCACGACCAGCGCGCAGAAAUCUACACAACAACACUGAAUAAAGUCCCGGCUGUGUGGAGGAAAGACCUCAUUGACGACGGGCAGGCCAUGGAGAGCCUCGUGCAUUACAGCAAUCCCUCCCAUGCCCUCUCAGUGUUAGGGGUCCUGAAUGAGCAGCGUCUGCGGGGCCAGAUGUGUGACGUAGUCCUGGUUGUGGCAGACCAGAGGUACCAGGCACAUAAGAGUGUUCUGGCUGCCACCAGUGAGUAUUUCCAGUCCCUGUUCACACGGAUGGACGCAGCUUCGCUGAAAGUUGUAAACCUGGACUUCUGUGAGCCUGACGCCUUCGAGAUAGUUCUGAAUUACAUUUACUCCUCCUCACUUUUUGUGGACAAAGGCAGCUUGGCAGCUAUUCAAGAGCUGGGCUACAGUCUUGGAAUCCCUUUCCUCACCAACAUUGUGUCAACAAGGCCACAUGCAUCCUACUGUGUGUCUAGAAAAAGGCUUUCCUUCACAGAAGGGGAUGAAAAUGAUGUCCAGACAAGGAGUGUCAUUGUGCGUCGGGUCCGAAAUGACACAAUCAAUCCCUCUCGCUCAAAUAAUGAGAGAAAUACAGCCGAGAGAUCAUCUUCUACUCGAGAGUCAGCCCAUCCCCCAUCAGUACACAACUUGUUUGAAUCAGUCAGAAAAUCAGAAUCCAUCAGCGGGAAACAUGAACAGAGUGAAGCUGCUGAAAGGAAGUCAACGUACCCAUACACCUCCAUUUUAAAAGGGAAUCCAUCACACGUCACAUCUAUUCGCCCACAGCUGACAUCAUCAGUGUCCUUCAGUGAUGCUGAAGUGCAGCACAUCAGGCUGCAGUCGGUCACUGACCAGGACACUAAAGAGGAGAAUGAGGAGCUGGAACCCCACUAUCACACCAAAGUGCCCUUUCAGGGUCAGCCCUCUGAGCCAAGCCAGACCAUAGACAGGAGCGGGCCGCUGAUAAAAAGCCUGCUCCGUCGAUCAUUAUCCAUGGACAGCCCUGUUCCAGUCUUCUCACCAACACUGGAGCUCAAAGAGCUGCAGAAUUGUGAACAAUCAGUUGUUAAAAUGGCAUCAAAAGCUUCUGGGCCAGAGACAUCUGCUUACAAUGGCAAUUCAAAACGAACAUCUCCCCUGGUUCUCAGGUCAAAAUUCCCCAGCAGGUAUGAAGAAAAAUCUCAGGUAGAAAGAGACGUCUGUGUGAAAGCUGAGCCCAGCAGCCCCCUCCCUGACCCCAUGGACAUUGUCCGAAUCACAGUUGGUGACGCUUUGCAAGGUGAUCUCAAAGACUUGCAAACAAAUUACGAUCAAAACGCCCGGCCAGACCUCAAUCCUUUUGGGAAAAGAAAGGACAGGCCAGACAACCGAAGGUACCCAUUCAAGAAGAGCAAAAUAUUUAAAGAACAUACCCUUUCACUGGCUGAGAACAUGUCAGAAACAGUACCUCAGAGUGCCAGCGGCGACUCUAAUGAAAACCUUGGAGAGCCCCCUGAGAACAAGAUUUUCAAAUGCUGGAAUUGUUUAAAGGUUUUCAGGUCGAGUGCUGGACUACAUCGUCAUGUUAACAUGUAUCACAACCCCGAAAAGCCGUAUGCUUGCGAAAUCUGCCACAAACGCUUCCAUACCAACUUCAAAGUGUGGACUCACUGCCAAACUCAGCAUGGUAUAGUUCAAAACCCGGCCUCGUCCUCCAGCUCCUCUGUGCUAGAUGAAAAAUUUCAAAAGAAGUUGAUAGAUAUAGUGCGAGAAAGGGAAAUAAAGAAAGCCUUGCUUUGGAAGUUAAAGAGGAAUAAGCAGGGUUUGCAAUCCUCUGCACUCUCCAAAAAGAGAUCAAGAGCCAACUUCAUAUGUCCUUACUGCGGGAAAGUAUUCGUGUUCCAGUCUCAGUACAGACAGCAUUUAAGGACACAUCCUGCUGAAAAAGCUGACCAGGAAACAGCCAACGAGAGCAUCCUUUACCAGGAACAGGAGGAGAACAUUGAGCAGCAGGACACAGAUGCUGGCGUUUACUCCUGUAGACUCUGUAAUAUGAAGCUGUCUUCUCUCUUUGAACAGGGCGACCAUGAGAGGGGCUGCCGACAUGCAACUGUCUGCCCCUACUGCGGCCUCCGAUUCUCAAGUCCAACGGUCAAGAAGGACCACGAGGCACAUUGCAAGUACAAGAAACUAACGUGCCUGGAAUGCAUGCGGACAUUCAAGUCCUCCUUUAGCAUAUGGCGGCACCAGGUGGAGGUUCACAACCACAACAUGAUGACUGUCAAAGAGCAGCUUCAGCUGAAGCAGCUAGGGAACAAUGAAGGGGCGUCUGAAAUGCACAGAGAGGAGCACUACAGUGACGAACCUUUAGCACCCGGGAGCUCCAGAGAGAUCAUCACUUACAGCGACUCCUCAGGUCCACCCAUGUACGAUUCAGAUUCCUCCUCCUAUGUGCCUGAGGACCUGAGCAUGGGCCAUCAUGGCAAGCUGGUGGUGAAAGAAGAGCCCUUAGAGGAGGCUGUGAGUGAGUUGGAAAACUCUGAAUCUGCCAAAGGUGGCCUGGAGGAACCCGGUGUAUGGCCAUGCGAGAAAUGCGGAAGUCUGUUUAGCUCUCGCAAAGACCUGGAACGCCACCAGGAGCUGCUAUGCCACAUCAAACCGUUCAUCUGUCACAUCUGCAACAAAGCCUUCAGGACCAACUUCCGCCUUUGGAGCCACUUCCAGUCCCACAUGUCGACUUCUAACGAACCCGGAGCCAAAGAGAUGGACAGAGACCCCUCACCUCUGUCUCCAUCCCCUCCCACCACCCCUCAGAACUCUGAACACCCCUCCCCACAGGCCUCCGUGCUCACAUCCACCCAGACGGCGCCAGUGGCUGCAGUAAUGGCCGAGGAGUCCAGCAGCCCGGAGCCCUGUAGCUCGUCGGUAAGCAAGACGAAGAGGCCUGAACUCGAGCGGCAAGCCAGCAGCCACAGCCCCACUCUGUCCAGGUCCAACAGCAUGGAGAAUCCGAGUGGCCCUCAGGAAUCAGACACACUCUUUUACCAUGCUCCAUCUCUCUCCGCCCUGACGUUUAAAAGGCAGUACAUGUGUAAACUCUGUCACAGGACCUUCAAGACAGCCUUCAGUCUCUGGAGCCACGAGCAGAGUCAUAGCCACGUGUAAGCAUCACGCAGGUUACAGCAGUGCAUUUCUCUAGAGACACAAUACUUCAAAUUUUAACACACCUCAGCCUUCAAAAGGAAGACUUCGAAUGUAUAGCGUAUUUGCUUGCCUCCUAUAUCAUAUAUAUUACAGUGGCCAUGUUCAUUAGAGGUGUAAACGUGAAUGUGCAAUCAAGUGCUAGAUUCUUCUUUGAGACGAGAUUAUUCACUUGUUUAUUCCCCUUUUCAAAAUGAUCUAUUUCAAACCUGUUUUAGUUGUAUUUAUCUAUAUAGGUGUUUUGAGGAAACAAGGUACAGCGUUGCACCCCCCACAUUACUUGUACCACUUUUGACUCAAAGGUACAGUGGCAACUAAAUACAUUGUUUUCUCAGAGUGUUGAAAAAGUGCUUUAAAGUUUUGGAGGCUGCAGUGGUUUAAAUAGUAAUGCUUAUUGCUUUGUAUCAGAUCUAUCUUUUGGUGUGAGUGAUACCCCUUAAGAUAAUAUUGGUGGCCUCAAUAAUGUUUUUAAUAUGCACUUUCCUACAGUUUGAUUCUGUAAAAGGGGGAUGUAGUCCAAAAUGUUUGCUUGGGUCGUUUCACUGACGGAGGUUCAAGGCUGCAAACGUAUAAAUGAUAGGUCCAAUAACUCUCUUCUGUUUUGUUUUCAUACUUAGCAUUAUUUGCAUUAGUUCUCUCAUAUUUCAGUUUUUCUGUAUUUGCGUCAUUUAGUUUAAUGGGCAGAUUGAAUAGGAAACAAAAAGUUAUAUUACAAACGAUAUAUCAAACACACCUCUGAAAGCUGCUGUCAUUACCCAGAUACAUUUAAUUUAUUCUAGUUUUCAUGCAGUACUUUAAUUUAUCCUACUAGCCUGGUGAAUUAUAUUUAUAUUAUACAAUUAAAUUAGAGAUUGCAAUCAUUAGCCACAAAGAUUUUAGAAAGUGGUUUUAACAGGUAAAUGACUGUUCCUUAAAGACUAGAAAUCAAUCUUAAAUAUUUAUAGCACGCACACUUUUAAAACAAAGGCACACUGCAUUAUAGUAAUGCAAAUAAUGCUGAACUCAAAUAAUUAGGAAAACUAUGUUAAUUUGUUAUUUAUUAGACAUCCACCGCCAGUCCAUCACCACCGUGCACCACCAGUGUGAUAAUUAACAAGCUUUACAAUGCUUUGAUGGCCUUAUGCAACUUGAGAAAUAUGUGUUCCAUAUUAUUUACAUGAAAGCACAAUAGAGUUUCAAAUGAUUUAUGACUCAGGCUUUUCAAAAUGAGGGAAGCAUGAGAAAGCAAAUAUUUUAUUCUACGAAUGGUGACAGUGUUCCUGCUUCAUAUAGAUUAUUAUUAAAGGUUAUGUUGAUUGUAUUCUUGUACAAGUAUAUAGUUCUGCUUUGGCUUGAUGGAUUAGACCUUUGUCAUAAAUUAUUACGAUUGCUACAUUUUGGGAGAUGUUGCAUUCAAAGAGUGCCCGACACACACUGGGAGUUAGUUUCCCUCUAAAUGAGCAACACCAGCUGCAUUGUGAUGUUGAGUUCUUUGGAAAAGUUCUGUAUUGAUCAUAGUGCUCUUAUUUUCUUGUGAUAAAAACUUUCUGAAAGUUUCACAGAAAUGAUUAGAAUUGUGUACAUGGAAGUGUUUAUAUUCUCGAUUUUGUACCAAUUUUGUUAGUAAACUAAAGUUGUAUCUUUUUAGUAUUCCUGUGCUCUCACUGCAAUAAUGAAUAUUUGUAUCAGCAUUGGUUGCAUUAUUGUUGCUUUUGAAAACAUGCAGCUGUUUUGUGUUUAGGUUUUUCUACAGUUUUUGUGCUUUAAUUAUGUAAUAAAGAGUAACAAUGGAGUGUAUAUAUAUAUAUAUAUAUAUACAACCAUUUGUGGUAUUUAAAUAA